AUGCUCGACGUUCUCCUCUUCAUGCCCAGAAUGAAGCGCAGCUGGAGCUCAGACAGUAACGGAGAAAGCGGUGCACAAGAAACAGAUGGACCUGAGCCGCAAGGCCCUGUCCUUUCCAGCUUAAAAGCAUCUGUAUCACCUCCACCAAGAAGACCUACAGUAAACCAGAAUAUUCACAAAGAGCCCUCCCCAAACCCAAAUGCUUCCCCAAAUGCUUCCAACCCGCCCACACCCAGUCUAGCCGCCAUUGAAGCUGGUCAGGUCCAAAUCAACAACCACCUAGCCAUCAUCUCCGACAAACUGAGCCAGUGCACACGUCCCUUAUCAGACCUACCGGCAAUACCCAGACUCUCAAUCGACAAGUGGAUCGAUCUAUACCGACGCAACGAAGACGCGCGGGGACACCACUUCGUAAUCCACCAGCACGACCACCCCAUCGCGGGCCCCCAUUAUGACCUCCGUCUUCAAUUCUCAGAGACCAGCUCUGUCAGCUGGUCCAUUAUGUACGGCCUGCCGGGGGAUCCGAAUAGCCAGCGAUUGAAUCGGAAUGCAACUGAGACUCGCGUUCAUUGUCUAUGGAACCAUCUACUUGAAACGGCAUCUUCUCAAACGGGCAGUAUGAUUAUCUGGGACACGGGCGAGUACGAGGUUCUGCCCUACAGCAUGGAUCAAGCCGAGCCGGAAACCGAUGAUUCUCGGGCCGACGCCUCAGACGACCCCAUCUCCUUCUCGCCCGGCGACCAGGUCCCCGAGAGUGUGAAGCUCCAUGAAGCAUUCAACAAACGCAAGAUUCGCCUCCGAUUACACGGGACGCGGCUGCCGGCUGGGUAUACGAUUGCACUCCGCAUGGACAAAAGCACUGAUUUCGUGAGACCGAUUCGCGACGGGCCGAAACGGCGGCGACGCCCUUUACGACAGGCGCUACCCAGACGGGCGGCUCAGGAACCAUCGACUUCUAGCUCCGAAUCCCCACCGCCAUCGGAGGACAAGCUUUCUUCGCUGUCGCCGAGCCUGCAAGAGGAGAGGGUCCACUCGGACCACACUGAUUCCGGUCUACAGAUCCAGAGAAACAAUGCGUACCCGGGGUCGUUUAAUACCAUUGGCUCGAUUCACCAGCGGCGUUGGUAUCUCAGCCUGGACCGGCUCAAUUCGGGGUUCGAGCCACCGGUCCGGACCAAAGCGAAUAAAUGGACGCGGCGGCAAUCGCGGCAAUCGGAUCAUACUGACGGACCGUUCGUGUUGGGAUUUGAACCGUUCUACGUGGGCGGGCCGGAGGUCGAGCGGAGUGUGGUGACGGGACGCCUCGGCGCGGAUGUGCUGGAGGACGAGGGCGUCGAUGACUUUGUCCCUCGGCGGGGGUGGAGGGCGAUCUUGCACUGA